AUGAUGCCUAAAAAUCUAACCGUGUAUGAGAUCCUGCCGAAAGCUAAUAAUUAUAUUGCCUAUCUGGGCAUGGCUUCAACAGCAGUGAACGAGGAAUGCUGUCACAGAAUGAAGCAUUUAGCUCUGGCAUUAAAUCGAGCUGAGCAGGCAUUGAGGUAUUCACUGGAAAUAAUCGUAAACAAAUUUAUACCAUUGGAAACCGAAACGGGCCACAUAGAAGGAACUCAGGCUAUAAUCGGCAGAAAUACAACAGAAUGGGGUGGAUAUGUAGCACUAUGGGGUAUACUACCCUUAUGGCGAGCCGCUCCACCACCCGAUACCGUUUUAAAACUUCGGAGACCAACACCUUCCGAUUGCUGGCCUUUUAGAGGAUCAUAUGGUGAAGUCACAAUAGAAAUGCCUAAAACAUUACUUGUAAGUAAAAUAAGUGUAGAACACAUUCGUCCGGAUACUGCUCGAAGUGCACCAAAACAUUUUGUAAUUUACGGCGUUUCAAGCAACGGAACUUGGAUAAAAGGAGCUGACGGAAUAUACGAAUACAAUAAACCAGCAAAACAAUACUUUAAAUUAGACAAUAGAAACGUUCCGUUUCAACAGAUUGUUUUCAGGGUUUUAUCAAACCAAGGCAACAUGAACUAUACUUGUAUAUACAGACUUCGCUUUUAUAUGAGUGACAAAUUACUUGAUAAUAAACUUGUUUAAAACUCUCAUAUGAUCUGUGUUAAAGAAAAUGUAGCAAGUAAUUACAUUUAA